UAAAUCGGAGGCAUGGCCGCUCUCAGGCUUUUCUCUGAUAUUACAUAUGUCGCGUAAUAGAUUGCCAAGGCAAACGUCGUCACUCCUGUCAUUCAGAUUUCAAAGAUUUUCGAAAACAAUUUUUUUAUAAUCAUGUCGCGUCAAAUUACGAGCUCGAAUAGCAAUUUUUACAAUGAAAAUAAAUGCCGUGGGUGUAUGAAGGAAGGUGGUAAAAUGUUGUCCAUGUACGACGACAAAAGUAACAACAAGAUUAAUUUAUCAUGUAAACUCGCGGAGCUCACGUCUAUUCAGAUUGACAAAUUUGAUGGAUUACCCAAUAUGCUCUGUUCUAAGUGUGCUUAUCGAACUUAUAUUUUAUAUGACUUCAAAUUAAAAGUACAAGAAUCGGAUAAGAAAUUCAGGAUGAUGCUUGAAAAUCAAAUGAGUAGUAUCAAGGAAGAAGAAUUCGAUAUUAAAAAUAAUGAAGAUAUCAUUGUACAAACAGAUGAAUCCUUAGAAUUGAAUAUAUCAAAUGAUGAUUCUAUACACAAUGUUGAUUUUCUGGAAAAUUUAAAGGUUGAAAUAAAUGAAGCAAGUAACUGCGAGCAACAAUGUGAAUCUCAUAUACCUCAAUUGCUUGAAAAUGGCAAAGAAAAUAAAGAAAAUAAUAAUAAUCUACAAUUGAAUGAUCUCUUUUAUAAUAUUCUACAAGAAAUUAGUGAGAAUCAAAUAGGCACUCAUGUUGUGAAAACAGAUAUACCUGAAGAAAUUUCAAAAAUGCUCGAGUCACAAGAUAUCACAAUAAUGUAUGUACCACAUGACUCUACGACCGAAUCAAUGUAUGUAGAAAAUACAUUAGUGUAUGAUCAAAAGCAAGAAGAAAAUGAAGAUGGCAAUAAUAUAUCUGUUUCUGAAAUGGAAAUCUCAAAUGAACAAAAAGAUGAAAUUUCGAUCAAUGCAUGCAUUUCCAAUUCUAUAGAAUCUAAUGUAACUAAAAAAAAUAAACGCGUCUGUUAUGAACGUGUGGACGAUAAGAUGCAAAGCAAAAAUAAGCAACUUAACUAUAACAAAUAUAACAUUGAGCAAUCUGCAAAAACAGAAGACAGUGAUGAAUCUGAUUCUGAUUAUUUCAUCGAUGCCAAAGAUAACAUAUUAGGGAGCGUGAACGACGCGAUUGUACGAAUAAAGGAAGUGAAACAGGAAGAUGAAAUCGAAUAUCAAUGUACGUUAUGCCAGCAGAACUACGAGCAAUUACCGCACAUCUUAUUACAUAUCGUUGAUAAUCACGUCUCUAGUACCGGUCCAUUCUUUUGCAUGGUAUGUGAAAAAGAUUGCGAGAGUCACCGAGAGCUGCGAGCACACGUGAAAACACACACCGGACGAGAUCCGUAUUCCUGCUUCAUUUGCAAGAAGGGAUAUUCUAAGAAGAGAUAUCUGAAAAGACAUAUGAUGUGCCAUUCCGACUUUCCGCGUCAUCGCUGUUCAAAGUGCGGUUGUCGCUUUAAGACUAAGACAGAACUGGACUCUCAUAUGAAGACGCAUAGUAUACCCUACUCUUGCAAUCAGUGUACACGUGUAUUUAAUCACAAAGGCAAUUAUAAACGACAUCUGGUCAGUCAUUUGGAUCCCCAAGGCCUUUACUUACCUAAGUAUCCAUGCAGAUUUUGUGGCAAGCGCUUUCCUAACAAUCGUACUCUGGAAACACAUAUUCGCGUACAUACUGGCGAAAGACCAUUCAAGUGUCAAUAUUGUGAGAAAUCAUUUUCACAACGAGGUAAUCUGAUAAAUCACACAAGGAUACAUUCAAAUCCACGCAGUUACACAUGCGAAGUCUGUGGCAGAAGCUUCAAUCAACGUGCUACAUUAAGAGAUCAUGGAUUGUUACAUACAGGCGAGAAGCCUCAUGUGUGUAAUGUUUGUGGCAAGGCGUUUACAGUUAGCGCAGCAUUGAGGAGACAUAUGUUCAAUCAUGCAGAGAAAAAGCCAUUCAAAUGCGAAACUUGUGAUAUGGGAUUUGUUGGGAAAUACGAUCUACGACGACACAUGAGAGUACAUGGGGAUCGAUCUAAGGAGAAACGGAAAAGAAAUACUACAUCAAAGUCAAGCGAUUUAAUUCAACAAGAAUCGGAGAAAAGCCUUGCCGUAAUAGAAGAACCGAGCACUGAAACUAUAUUUAUAGAACAAGUAUUGUUACCCCAAAAUGUUACACAAAUAGUGGUAAAUCAAGUUGAAUCAGAGAAAGAAAAUGAAGACGCAUUGUUCAAUCUUCACUGUUACAAUUCAACUCUUGUACAAUACAGUUAAUAAUGUGCAUAAUAGAUUGUAGAUUAUACAGGAUGAAUCAUUUGAAUAAAAUGAGAUAUUUUUAUUUUGAAUAAC